AUGGACAAGCGAACGGGCUCUCGUGUUUCCGUCCGCCAACCCCUCGGCGACGCGACCAACAGAGCAAACAUCGCCGCAAUGCAAACCAGCUCGCGACCCAAGCUCGAGGCUAACGCAAAGUCAUGGAAGAAUACCAACCGCUGCAAAUCUAACCCUCCCAUCAAUACCGACAUCCCUCUCGUUCAGCAUCAUAUCGUAACCAUCCCCUCUCCAGUUGCGGUACCGGAUGUCCCCUCCAUGAGCCGCCUCCGCCACCCUUCUUCACUUCAGCAGAUGAACACCCAAGCCUCUGAUGCGCGCCGUGUCUCGCAAUUCUCCAAUGUCUCCUCCAAUGCGUCCAUCACACGCCUACAAAAGACCCAUAUCGGUCCAUGGCAGUUGGGCAAGACCCUGGGCAAAGGUGCCUCUGCCCGCGUUCGCCUUGCGCGCCAUCGCACCACCCACCAGCUGGUCGCCAUCAAGAUUGUAGCCAAGAGCACUGCCCACGUUACGCAAGCUACGAGUAUGGCGAACCUGGACCGAGUCGACUACCGCAAGCCAAGCAUGAGCACCGACGGGGUCCGCCGAAUGCCCCUCGCCAUCGAGAGAGAGGUUGCGAUCCUGAAGCUCAUUCAGCAUCCGAACAUCAUCAAGCUACAUGACAUCUGGGAGAACAGACAGGAUAUCUAUCUUGUCACGGAGUACGUCGAAAAGGGUGACCUGUUUGACUUCAUCAACUGGAACGGCAGCCUCAACGAAGAGGAAGCGAUUUUCUACUAUCGGCAAAUCAUGAGCGCUCUAGAGUACUGCCAUAGCUUCAACAUCUGCCAUCGGGACCUGAAGCCCGAAAACAUUUUGCUCAAGGCAGAUGGCCAAAUCAAGAUUGCCGAUUUUGGCAUGGCAGCCCUGCACCAGGAGCCAACCCAUCACCUCAAAACCGCUUGCGGCAGUCCUCAUUAUGCUGCCCCCGAGCUGCUGAAGCAUCAACCAUACAAGGGCUCAGCCGUGGACAUAUGGGCCAUGGGAGUUAUUUUGUUUGCCAUGUUGGCUGGCCGUCUCCCCUUCGAUGACAGUGACAUGGACACUAUGCUUCAAAGGGCCAGAAAAGGCUAUUACAAGAUGCCAAACGAGCUCUCUCGAGAGGCUAAAGACCUUAUCCGGAAAAUCUUGGUCGUCAACCCAUUGCAACGCAUUACCAUGAAGCAGAUGUGGAAGCAUCCCCUCAUCAAGAAGUAUGACUAUGUCGACGAUUAUCAGCAGAGCGAUGGUCAACCGCAGGACGUCUUGAGGAACGCAGACAUUGGUCCCAUCCCGGAGAAGGAAGUUGAUCCCCAGAUUCUCAGACAGCUCAAGGCCAUGUGGCAUGCCUAUUCAGAGGCCCAGAUCAAGGAGAAACUUGGUCAAAACAAACCAAACGACCAGAAGGUGUUUUAUUGGCUUCUCUACCGGCAUAGACAUGCACAGCUCGAGAACUAUAACAACGACAUCCCCAUUUCGAAGAGCGAUUUCCACCACUUGAAGCCCCCUAACUGGGGCAAGCGCAUCUCGACCUGCGAAUUCACGCAGUCCUCUAGAAAUGGUCAUGGGAGAAGCAUUUCCAAGUUCACUGUCAUCUCCAACGUCGCCGAAGUUAAUGAUUCCGGCACUGUCAGGAGCUAUGAUCCUUACAGAGCGUCACAAGUUCUGCGCAAUUGCGCUUCGGAAGCGAGCCACGCAAGGAUCAUUGUCCACCGCAAUCCCUCCGAGCCAGGAACCCGGUCCAAUACGUCGAACAUUGCCCAUUCAUACAACUCCUAUACUUCUUUUGGCGGUUCAUUCCGUAGGCGGCCGAGAAUGAACUCUCAACGCACAAAUACCACGGGGCGCUUGCGAUCGUCCAUGGGAUCUAUGGGUUCACUCAGAAGUCUCAAUGGUACACCCCGUGUGCGGGCAAACAACCGAUCCAGAAGGGGUGUUGAUUUUUCCAGCAUUCGUGCCAGAGACCGACUCCAGGCUCGUAUCCGCGAGAAUGUGCGGGCUGCUCCGAGCAGUGCAGCGGGAAGUAGUGUGGUCGAUAGACGUGACUCCUGCAGGCAGCAGCAGAGACAGAAGGCCGCAAUUAUCCAUUCUGCCGACAACACUCUGAAAUCGAGAGAUGAGACGCUCAUCUGGGACGAGGAACUGCAGCAGCUUGGUUAUAGGAUUGCAAUGGAUUGCGAUGAAGCAUUCCGUAGCUCUCUUGUCGGGUCUGAAUCUAGUGUUGCUGUUAGCGGGUCUCCGCUGGACUACCUGGCUAGAGCCGAGAACACUAUUCGUGUGGUCAACUCUCCUACGGCAGGCCCCGUCCCUAUGCCGGAACCUCUUAAUGUCCGCAAGGUCUCCAAGGCGACCCCAGCCGCGUCUUGUGAAAGCAACUACCGCAAGACAGCCUUGUCGAACAUCCCUCCUGAUUUCAAGGAGAACUACCCACCGGGAACACAGCAGGAAGAGCAGGGUGUUGGCGAUAACACUGUCAAUGCUGGCGCUCCAGCUAAGAAGCGUGUCCCGUCUUGGUUCAGGCGGUCCUCCAAAGAGAACACGAGCUUUGCCACCACCGCCAAUACGGCCGCGAUUCACAACGAUAGCACAAUCAUCUCUGAUAUUCACCAGCAACUGGACGGACUUGAAUCACAGUCUAGUGCUAGACCAGACCCGUAUCCGAACAAGAAGAAGGCCUUCAGCCUUGCAUUUUGGAAGGGAUCCAAGAGUGAGAACUCGUCGCCUACAGGUAAGAAUGACCUCUCAUCGACUUUUGAUAUCAGCACCAGCAAAGAAGGCGGUGGGAAGAAACACAAGUCCAGCAAGAGCGAGUCGAGAGUGGUUAGCGGCGCGACUUCACAGAGCUGGGGUGAGGGCGAAGGGGUUGGCCGUCAAAUUGAGGUUCAGCAGAACUGGCUGGCCCGGCUGUUCCGGGUCAAGCCUGCUACGCGACACCUGUGCUUCUCCAUGCCUAGACGGCGGGCUCGGCAAGAGGUAGCGAUCCUGCUCAGGGAGUGGCGCCAGUUUGGCAUCAAGGAUGUCGAGGUUGAUAAGGAACGCAACAUCAUCUUUGCCCGCGUGGGCGCCCAGAAUGUGCACAACGUCAAGGAGGUCUCGUUUGCGAUUGAAAUCAUGAUGGUAAUUGAGCAUGGCAAGCGUAACCAGCGAACCCAACUCAGCAUUGCGCGUUUCACGCAGGAGAAGGGAGCAGCUAGCAGCUUCCACAAGGUUGUUGAUGCGAUCAACGUGGAGUUCCGCAACCGCGGGCUGCUUGUCACCGACAAGCGCAAGACGCAGAUGAUGAUCAAGACUCUCAACUCUUGA